GCAUCGAUAAGAAGACACCAAACUGUUUGCAACAACAUUGAAUCCAAAGAUCAGAUAGACAGUCAUGAAGCUUCAGCUGGACCUGCUGUGUUUUUGCCUGCUGUGUUUCACUGGAAAAACUCUCUAUGAUGAAAAAGGACCAGCGGCCAUCAAAGUGUUGGUGUCAGAAGGGAGUGAUGUUACAUUACCCUGUUCCCUCAGCACCAAGGAGAACAUCGAGCAGAAACUCUUUGACUGGAGGAAACAUGAUGGUAUGAAGGGGGUGUUCAUGUAUGAUAAAGGCCUCCAUCAAAACAACGGUGGUUCAGGUCAAGAUGAGCAGUUCAAAGGUCGAGUCUUUCAUUUCCAAGAUGAGCUGAAACAAGGCAACGCCUCCAUCAUCAUCAGAAAUACAAAGAUGGCUGACAGUGGAGACUACACCUGCUUUUUUCCACUUCUUCAGACACCUCAAAUUUUCCACAUUGAUCUUGUUGUUGUUUCAUCUCCAAAGCCAUCUGUCACAGUCCUCAAUGCCACAGAUGAUGGAGUGCAGCUGCAGUGUGAGGUUCAAGGUGCUUCUCUAAAACCUAAAGUAGAGUGGAAGGACAGUGAUGGAAACAUCCUUCCUGCUGAAGAACCACAGGUCACAGACAAAGGAGGCAGCUAUGACAUCAUCCUCCAAACUACUGUGACCAAGACCGACCGCUAUCACUGUGUGGUCACACAGGAGGAAAUCAACCAUCAGAUUCAUGCUGAGAUACCUGUGCAUAUCAUUGGCAACAGCAGGAGCAAAAUCAAUGUUAAAUGGCUUCUUGCUGCUGCAAUUUUAGCCUUCUUUGGGCCUGCUGCAGUUUGGUUGUUUAGGUGGUAUCGCAGGCUCAACGACAGGAUUGAUAGAGUGACACAGCUCCAGAAAUUUGAACAUCUGAUGAAAAAUAAUGUUCAGCGCAUUGCUGGCUGUGGUACGAGGACUCAGACUGAACCUGAGGAUCUUCAGUCAUGUUCUGGUUCAGAGGGUUCAGAGAUUGCAGAGAGAGAGAAGGAGCAGCAGCCACUGAAUACAGGUGCACAUGACUCUCAGGCAGCAGCAACCCCUGAUUUGACGUCGUAGAGGAGUGUGUGAGAGUGAGUGAGUGAGUGUGUGUGUGUGUGUGUGAGAGGGGGGGGGUAUGUUUGAGUGUAGCUGAGUGUACGUCACAGCUGACAAGCAGCUCUGCAUUACACCUUCCAGGUGCGGCUGAUUGCUGGCAGGUGAAUUUAGAUGUGUUUGUGUGUUCAGAUUCCAUUUAAUGUUGGUUUGAAGAUGUUUUUAUGGCCUCUGAGGUUGGAGUCAUCAUGUUUUUGGGUCAUCGUCCGUAUCAUUCUUGUGAAUGUGACAUCUCAAGAACAUCUUGAGGGAAUUUUUUUUAAAAUUUGGCACCAACAUCCACUUGGACUCAAGGAUGAACAGAUUGAUUUUGGUGGUCACGAUCACUGUGACCUCACAAAACAUGAUUUUUGGCCAUAACUCAAAAAUGUGUACACUAGUUAUAAUAGCAUUUGUGUCAAAUUAA